AUGCUCACUCGGGUGAAAUCUGCCGUGGCCAAUUUCAUGGGCGGCAUCAUGGCUGGCAGCUCCGGCUCCGAGCACGGCGGCAGCGGCUGCGGAGGCUCGGACCUGCCCCUGCGCUUCCCGUACGGGCGGCCAGAGUUCCUCGGGCUGUCUCAGGAUGAGGUGGAGUGCAGCGCAGACCACAUCGCCCGCCCCAUCCUCAUCCUCAAGGAGACCCGGCGGCUGCCCUGGGCCACGGGCUACGCAGAGGUUAUUAAUGCUGGAAAGAGCACACACAAUGAGGACCAAGCCAGCUGCGAGGUGCUCACAGUGAAGAAGAAAGUUGGGACCAUUACUUCCACCCCGAACAGAAAUUCCAAGCGAAGGUCAUCCCUUCCCAACGGGGAAGGCCUGCAGUUAAAGGAGAACUCUGAGUCUGAGGGCAUCUCCUGCCACUACUGGUCCCUGUUUGAUGGCCACGCAGGCUCAGGUGCUGCUGUGGUGGCAUCGCGCCUGCUGCAGCACCACAUCACACAACAGCUGCAGGACAUCGUGGAGAUCCUGAAGAACUCCGCCAUCCUUCCCCCGACCUGCCUAGGGGAGGAGCCAGAGAGCACGCCGGCCCAUGGCAGGACCCUAACCCGCGCAGCCUCACUGCGUGGAGGGGUGGGUGCCCCCGGCUCCCCCAGCACACCACCCACGCGCUUCUUCACGGAGAAGAAGAUUCCUCAUGAGUGUUUGGUCAUCGGGGCCCUGGAGAGCGCCUUCAAGGAAAUGGACCUUCAAAUUGAACGGGAGAGGAGUGCAUAUAAUAUAUCCGGUGGCUGCACGGCCCUCAUCGUGGUUUGCCUUCUGGGGAAGCUCUACGUGGCAAAUGCAGGUGACAGCAGAGGGCUCCGGCACCGAGGAUCCAUUACUGCUGACUUCAGACAAUGUCUCAAGGUUUCGAAGCUGAGAGUGGGCGAACUUGUUCAGACUGAAGGAAGGCAGUUAAGAGUCACUAGCGUCUUGAUUCCACAACUGCAAGCAUUGUAGUCACAGGCAGCAGCGAGACAGCUAGGCGCUAGGCACUUGCUUAAUACCAGGACAAGGGCAUGUUUAAUUCUGUCAAUAAUAGGGUGAAAAGUAGGAAUUGCUGUUCUCACUUUAUAAGAAGCAACUUUCCCAAGGUCCCUAGUGAUGAAGGAGAGGACUGGAGUAAGAGAGCCAGAUCCUGGGAGACUAAAUCCACCCAUCCCUCCACACUAAGACUCUUUUAACAUCUCUAAAGCAGGAAUUUCUAGUUAACAUUUUUGUUCCCUGUUUAUUCAUACGGGAAAUACCGGCACACUUCAUAUUCAGUGGCACCUCAGAGUCCGCCCAGAAUGCAUUAUGGGUAUAAGUAAGUGGAUAGCUAUGUUUAGAAACCUUUUCCUCUUUGAGACUGAAUCUAUGUGCCCAGGCUUGCCUUCCCCUCCUCAUUGUCCUGUCUCAGUUUUCCGGGUGCUGGGAUGGUGAUGGUCACACAUGACCGUGCCUAGCUCCUACAGAACAAUGUAAAUGGACUGCGUCUGUCUUCAUUACUUUUUUGUAACUGUGAUAAAGCAGCGAUACCAAGGUAAAUAAAAUAGUUUAUUUAGGAGGUUUUGGAGAGGUAGAGUGUGUGACCAUCAUGACAGGGAAUGUGGUAAGCACGGCGCUUACUGGAGCUGUAACUGAGGGUGUCCAUCUUGCUCUUAGGAGGUAGAGGGAGCAAGCCCAAAUUGGUGCAAGUCUUUUUGAAAAGGCAAAGCCUAACCCAGUCACACACCUCCAUUCAACAAGGUCACACCUCCUAAUCCCUCCCAACAGUUCUCCCAGCUGGAGACCAGUAUUCAAAUAUGAGUCUACAGAGACAAUUUCCAUUCAAAUCGCCUCAGGACUCCUCAAACUUUGGGGGGCCUAACCAGUUCCUCCAUAGUGUUGAAAAAGAUGGUUUUUCAAAACAACUUUCUAAAGUUCACAGCGUUUUAAGACCAUUUUAGAAGUUGUGUUUUCAUUUUGGAGACAGUCCCUGUUGAAAACAACAUAACUGUUAGAUCAAGCAUCUCUCUCAGAGAGUCAGACCUUCAUUCAGUGUGAUUAUGAUUUUCUUAAAACAAGUGUCUGCCAGACUUCGAAAGUGACCUCGAAGACUCCUGAGAACUCAUGGUGACAUGCUUAAAACUCUCCUGGAGGAGGUGGAGUGAUCAAGGGUGUGGCCAUCUAUUAGUUCCCAUGCAAGAGCAAGCAAGCAACCAUUGGGUCAGGUGUGUCCAACUAAUUGAGUUUGAAAAAGAAAAUCGCAUGCAAAAGAAAAAAAAUAAAAUAAAAGACUCUUAUACUGUCUUAAGAAAGUGUGUGAUCUGUGUUGACAGCAUUCAUAGCAGACGUUAAUGCGUACAGGCGGGGGGUCAGGGGUCAGGCAAGCCCUUCUACCUGCACCUUGGAAGCUUGGCUAGGAUGGCAUCCGGUUCAUAUCCCUUUCACUCCCUCUGAGUUUGCAGAAUUUUCCAAUUUAACUUAAAGCUUUCUCUAUUAGGUCAGAGGUGAAUUCCUACAGCAAGUCUGAACUUUCAUGAGGAUAGGAUCUAGAUAUUAAACAAGACUUACAUUUCUAAAUUCAAAACCAAUUACAUGUCUGUGGUGUCUUCUCUCAUAGGCCUCUCCUCUCUACUGAUAGAAAGAUAAUGAAACCUUACAUAACUGCCUCCGGCCCUGGAGACUGUGAAGGGCUGUUCAUUCCUUGUUUUAUGCCUGCGUUUCACCAGUGGCCAGUGCUGCAUGUUCUCGGAGCUCCUCGUCGCUCCUGAGUGCUUCAUCCGUCCAUGAGCCUCUCUCUGAUCCAGAAAUACACUUGAUCUGCUUCCAUUGGCUGCUCCAGGUCUAGGACACCUCUUAUUUUCUUUGACAUAUAUCUAAAAACAUCACAGGCGAAGCACCACUCUACACUGUGGAAGUUAAAUAUGCCGUCUCUGCCUCUCUUUUCUUUUUAUCUCAGUGUAUUCCUUAGCACUGUCCAAAGCCUGUAGAAGAGAUUAAGAAGAAGAAAAUAGUACAGUCAGUCAGCCACAAAUACACGCAGAGAGGCAGACCUCUGUGUUUCCUGUCACAUCUCCACAGGCCACACAGGAGGCUUCUGGGAUGCUCUUUUCCCAGCCUGUGGCUCCCUAAGCCCGCAGCGGUACUUGGGCACCUGUGUAGGAGAACCAGUUACAGCUCUGUCUCAGGCAUCCUGUGUCAGAAGCCUCCGGGUCGGCAGCCAGCAGUCUGUGUUGUAGCAAGUCCUCUACAUGAUGAGGAUGUGUGCUGCUCAAGGUUAAAAGCUGGACUCGAGGGGCUGGGCAUGCUGGGUGCACAGCUAUAAUCCCAGAAUUUUGGAGGCUGAGGCAGAAAGCAUACAUACAAGAGCAACCUGGGGUACGGAACAAGACUCUGUCUCAAGGAGAAAAAAGAACCACUACUUUACAGUAUACUCUGAGCACCUGAGAGAAUGAGGAAGGGGCCACUGUGCCCUCGGGGCUACGGAACGAUAGCUCCUUCCAACUCAAGAGUAGUGUUGGUGGUAAUGGUACACACACAUGGGUGCUAUAUGGCACUUGCAAGAGAGUAUUUCCUCUUCCCCUCUAGGUGCUGCUACCUAAGGGAAGUGGGCCAGCUCACAUCUCUAUCCUGUGUCUUGGGGUCUCUUAGUGUUGCAUGUAGCUUUGCAAUACCCUGCUUUAGCUCCAGGAAGUAGCCAUACUACCAGCCCCCUCCCAGCUUCCCUUGAAUCCACAGAUCACACACACACACACACACACACACACACACACACACACACACACAGAGAGAGAGAGAGAGAGAGAGAGAGAGAGAGAGAGAGAGAGAGAGAGAGACGCACUACUCUCUCCGGCAUGGAAAAGCUUGCCCUUAUUACUCUUAGCUCCAUUCCUCCCACCUGCCUUUAGAUGGUCAGUUGAAUCUAGUCCUUGCUAAAUAUCUCGGACCACCCACCUAUAGAAGUGGUCACAGCCCGCUUCACCUCACAUAGUUGCCUGGGUCUCCUCUCUCCAAUGCAUGGCGAACUCCGUCUCUCCUUUGCAUCUCCCUUUUCCUCUAGGAACCCAGAAGUCCCACCUGUACCUGCCACCCAAAAAUUGACCCAUUGCUUUCUUUACUGACAGAUCAAGAACCAGUUGGGGAACAGAUCCUCAACAUGAGAACUGCCCCUAUGUCUUAGUGACAACCUGAUAUCCUAGAACAUAGGUCCAGUCAUUCAAAGGUGGAAUUAGAGUGAAAAUUCUUAUAUGGCCCAGCUCCUCUCUCAGCCUCAGUGCCCUCAGCUGAGGAGAGCUGGAUCUCUGAGAAACCGUGGUUGCAGUCUUAGCUCCUGCUCCCAGCCAACCAAGCUGUGAUUUUAAUAUCUUCUCUUAACGUGCUGGGAGGCUUUGCAAGGUAUUUAUAGGAAAGAAGUUUUGCCUGUGAAAGUGUUAACAUGAGGUUACUGAGGUUAGGCUAGUGACCCUCUCUAUCUCUCUAUCCCUUUAUUCUUGGCACUGCCAAUGGGCACCACACUGCAUUAAGAUGGCUACCAAGGUGAGAAUCCAUUGUAACAAGUCCUGCAGAUGGUCCUCUUUGCUGUAUUAUUCUGCAAUGUCAGAUGUGGUUAAUGCUGAAUGCCGGCAAGCUAAUUUGGCCUUUUAGGUCAUUUUAUGGUGCACAUACUUCGGUGAAACGGUACUUUUUCUGCACCUAUAAUCUUAGUUGAUCUGUCCCCAGCAGGAAGGUAGUAUGUGAAGGCCUUCAGUGUUUGAUGAGGUCUUUGAUGUCUGCUAAACUGUCCUUACUGGUUGUCAUGCGUGGUUUUCAGAUGGUUGUCUUCUCAGGAAGUUAUCUGAAUACCCUGGGCAUUUGACCUUCAAGCCUGUCCUCCUUUCCAGAGGAAGGCACCAAACUCCGGGAGCCAGUGGGGAGUGGGUGUUAUUGAUAGCAGGUAGGAAAAGAAGGCUACACACAGCCUUCAUAGGUGAGCCUGUCUGCUGGGGGUGAAGUGCAGCACAGCAGAAAGUAUCCUGUCUUGCUGUGUUAGUUCCUACUCCUCGGAUGCCACCCACGCUUGGAGAUAAUACUCAAGGUUCCCAGGAAAAUGCUUCAUCCAUUUACCAGAUACAGACCCCGCCCACGCACUGCGGUUUGCCUUUGGCAUGAAGACUCAGCCAUGAUCCAAGCAAGCCCAAGCUCUUGCAGGUCUGGAAGGGGGAUCAGCAUGGGAGUAACGUGUUGGGUGUGCUGCGUGGUGAUGCCUAAGGAGAGAAAAAGACGAAGGACUAACCACACAGAGAGUUGUGAGUUGCAGUUUUGCGGCAGGAGUUGGGGAGCACAGAAAGACGUUACCCACGACCAGGGAAGUGAGGAUAGGACAGAAGAAGUGAGGCCCCAGCCACACUAGCAUCUGGGAGGAAAUCUGGGGACCGGAGAGAAGUGGACCAGGUUAAGACAGUGGCGGAAGUAGACGUAUGGGUACGUGUGAAUGAGUGAAUGAAUUCCUUUCCAAACGUGCUUGCACAUCUACCAUGGAAACCAGAGGUCUGAGUGAUGCUGAUGGUAAAAGCCUUGCUCUUGUGGGGUUUGCUUCAUCGUGUGGGGUUGAAAGCCGUAAUGAAUAAGAUAGGGACAGUGUAAACCUCACAUAGAAUCAUGUCAGCAUUACGUGGUAACCAAGUGCGUUCGAGUGCUUACUCUAGACACCGUCUUGCUGUACGGUAAGCACUUGGUAAGUCAGAGUUGUGAACGGUGAUCAUUAGUAUGCCUUCUUCCUUUUACAUCUUCUACAGAGAGAAAACUUCGCCCCCUUAAAUGUAUCUCAGUUUACAAUAAGAGUGUGGUGGGAAGUCAAAUAAAUCGUGCAUUAUGGAAGAAAUGGCUUGAAGGGGGGGGGGCACUUUGCGAACUGCUGAGCUGAUGAAAAGUGUGUGUUAGGAGCUCUCCUGGUGGCCUUCGAGUCUGCCGUGGGGCUCCGGUGUAGAAUGUCACUCAGCUGGCGUUGCUGCCAAAUAUCCGUGCAGGUCCCUAGAACGCCCGUCUUAUUGGUUCUGGGCUGUGUCCUGAAUUCAAGUCAGUUCACACCAGCGCGCUCCCACCAGCGUGCUCCCACCGGCACAGGCGUGGGUCUCCCAGAAAGUUUACAGUGAUAAUCUAGUUACUUUGGGUGCAUAUUGGCUGCACUGAAAUACUCUUUCCGUUCAUCUGGUUGAUUUUCACAGAAGCUCUCCCUGUUUGCCUUUCUUUUGUUUUUUUGUUUUUGUUUUUGUUUUUGUUUUGUUUUUGCUUUUGCUUUUCUGCGCCCAGGUCUUUGUGUAGCUACCUUCUGGUUUAGUUACUGUAUGCUUGGGGUUUUUUGUUUUUUUGUUUUUUGUUUUCUUUUCUGUCUCUCAGGCAUGUUCUUUGUGAUUCUGAGUAGGCAGGCAGGUCAAAUAGCCAUCAAUAUGUCACAGUCCUUUUGCCAAGUGUAUAUUUGAGCCCGGGGGUGAAUAGGUCAUUACUUAAAAAAAAAAAUGACUAGACUACUUGCUGUAUGCAUCCUUGGACCCUUUAUUUAAAUGUGUUCUCGUAGCAGAGACCCAGUGUAGUGACAGACAAGAGCAGUCAGGUGAAACACAUGCAUAGUCAGACUGGAUUUAGGUCCUGGCCUCAGCUACAUUGUGUUCCGGGACCUUGAACAAAAUACCGAACAUGCCUGCGGCUUCCUUAUCAACAAAGGUAUUAGAGACCUUAUCUAGGAUAUGUGUAUCUGAAUGAGCUGCCCCACCCCAGAGCAGCCAUGUUUGCACACCACAGCAUUCUUUCUGAAAGGCUAUGAAGGUGUCCCUUACCUCUGAGCGCGCAGAGUCCUUUGCUCAGAGCCUCUCAGGAGUGAUGAUGUCAUACCCGGAAGCCCCAGGCAGCACCUUCUGCUAAGCCACUGCUCUUGGCAGCAGAGGUGUAAUUGCAUUAAGCCAGGUGUUAAUUACUGUUUUGCUACACCACCAGCAGGCAGUCUUCUGGCUGAGCCAACAUUUCAGCAGGAACUUUCAGGAUCACUACACCGCACUUGUCCAGCGGAGCUCAGCAGAGGGAGGGAAGUUACAUCCGUGGGUUUUCCUGACGUAUCUGUGUGUAAUGUGGGUGCACAAGUGUAUACAAACGUACAAAUAUGUCCCAGGAUAUGCCUAAAGGAAAUUGGACAACAGGCUUGGAAAGCCAGACAAACCCCAGCCCUCUUUUCCCUUAACAUUCAGUAUUUCACAGACUUCUGCGCCCUGCUCUAGUCUGUCCCGGGACAUUCUGACUUCUUCCACACGUGUGAUUGGUCUCGGCAACUCGGCAACAGUCCACCCGUCAUGCCUAGCCCACCAUAUCUUCACCAACCCCGCCCUGAGUUCCCUCAACUUACACAAAUGUCUCUGUGCCUUCCUCCAGCUGCUUUCUCUUCCUAUGCAGGGUUCUCUGUGCAAGCCUGCAGUCCCUAGGUGAACUCCUUCUGGGACAGGCUCCAUUCCGUUCCUUCCGGUCAGCCCUCGAAGUCCAAUUUGCUUCCCCUUCUUACCCGCUAGGAUGUGUGGCAAAGCUGAAGAGCUCUCCAACUACUUUUCCUCUUCCUCCUGGGCAUGGAGAGCAUCUUCCACAGCCCUGUAUACAUUUAGCACAUGGCCACAUAGCAAUGUUGCAGCCAGAGGACUCGAGCAGAAGGAUCUUCUAGCCCAUAAAACCUCUUGCACACCAUGAUUUGAAAUAUGUGCGCCACACACUGAAUGGCAUGUUCUGUACCAAAUCACCACUUUCUGUGACCGUGACUUCAUUUGGCAAUAGGAUCUUGGCAAAACCGGAUGAGGUCAUACUGGAUUAAAGUCCACCCUAAAUCCAGUAACUGUCAUCUGAGUAAGAUGGCCAUGGAGAGACACAACACAAGGAACGCCAAGGCAUGUGGGAAACCACCAUAAACUGAGAGAAGCAAGGAAGGAUGUUUCCCCAGAGCCUAGGACGACCCUGACUACUACCAGAGCCAGGAGAGAUUAGAUACCGUUGAUCUGAGCCACUAAGUUUCUGUGACUGUCACAACAUCCCCAGGAAUCUGCAAUGGACAUUAUGUUCCUCCUUGCCCCUCUGCAAAUAGAAGCUUGCUGAUGUGGGCAGAGCAUCUGGCAGCCUCUCCUCUCUCUGUGUAGAACAAAGGCUCCCACAGUGCCCUGAGCUAAACAGAGAGCGUGUCUUUAUAGGAAAUAAACAUGCCAUUGGCACUUUCAGGAUUUAUCACCUGAUCUAUUACCACCCUUCAUCUGACACUACUUAAGAGCACUGCACUUAGUACACACACACACACACACACUCGGCUCUUUUUUUCCUUAGAGGUAGGGUGAGGUAGAAUGAGACAGGGUCUAACUCUGUAGCUCAGACUGACCUUGAACUGAUUGAUGGUAAACCUCCUGCCUCAGCCUUCAAGAUCCAGUGUUAUAGGUGUGACUGACCUUGCUUCAGUCAGCUGUGGAAUCCGCCCUCCUUCGCCAGAGGGUCUUGCUCCUCACACCUGCCCAGUGCUCACACCUGCCCAGUGCUCACACCUGCACAGUGCUCACUCCUGCCCAGUGCUCACACCUGCACAGUGCUCACUCCUACCCAGUGCUCACACCUGCCCAGUGCUCACUCCUGCCCAGUGCUCACUCCUGCCCAGUGCUCACACCUGCCCAGUGCUCACACCUGCCCAGUGCUCACUCCUACCCAGUGCUCACACCUGCCCAGUGCUCACACCUGCCCAGUGCUCACUCCUGCCCAGUGCUCACUCCUGCCCAGUGCUCACACCUGCCCAGUGCUCACUCCUGCCCAGUGCUCACACCUGCCCAGUGCUCACACCUGCCCAGUGCUCAUUCCUACCCAGUGCUCACACCUGCCCAGUGCUCACUCCUGCCCAGUGCUCACUCCUACCCAGUGCUCACACCUGCCCAGUGCUCACACCUGCCCAGUGCUCACACCUGCCCAGUGCUCACACCUGCUCAAUAUACCCCAGUGUCCCCCUUCAGUCACUUUAUCCACGUCCUAUCUCUGAGCAGCUCACCUAGCUCACCGACUACCCACCAGAGUUUCCCCACAGGCCUCAUCCCACAGCCGUUUCUCUCUCUCCAUUCUAUUGUGUCUGCACAGUGUCAGAAGCCUUCCAGAAACACAUGGCACUGCUAGACUCUGUCCUCGCCUUUGCCCGUCCCAUUACUCCCACACCCCGAAGCAGAGCCAACCUCACCAGCUUCUGGCUUGGCACUCAGGGCAGCAGUCUCCCAGACAUUUGUUAGACAAGGUGAACUUGCUGCUUCUGGUCUUUUUGAAGGAUUGUGUUGAAUGUGACAGUGUGAAGGGUCUCCAGUUCUUGUAUCUGCUUAGAGAUUCCCAGAUCUGUGCCAUGAGCCUCAGCUGGAGAAGACUGUGGAGCGUUAGCCAUGGAAGGGUACCGCAGACACAGUGGUUCCUGUGUCACAGCUUCCUCCUCUCAAAGUGCCGUCGAGGACCGCUUGCUCUCCCAUGCACUUGCUUGUGAAGGAAGAGCUGGUAGAAAUGGAGGUGUGGGCUUUUUCACAGAUAGCCCUGGUGUGCAAGCAUAUUGUGAACUUCUAGAAAAUCAAAGGAUACCGCAGCACAUGCCUUUCGCAUUCAUUUACUAAUCCCUAGCUUCUGAUGGUCCCGAUUUGUCUCCACAAACCUUUGUCCUUUUUUUUCAUUUUAUGUGCAUUUAUAUAAUCUCACAUGCAACUGUCCCUGGAAUGAGGUAAGUAAGGUAUAAAUAAAUGAGAUACCCUAGAAGACUCAUACCUAAAAUGCUCAGAAAUGAAGGAAUUUUCCUUUCCCCAAAUGGUGCCAUUGGUGUCCCCAACGUUCCAGGACACAGCAGUCAUUUCUUUCCUUAGCACUACGACCAAACCCCCAGCAAAACAACAUCAAAAACAAACCAAAAAAAGCAAAAAAAAAAAAAAAAAACUUGAAGAAAACCCUUGAAAGUUUACUUUGGGCUUACAGUUUGGGAAGGUGGUGAGACAGGCAAGGCACUUGGAGCAGGGGCUUCCACAAGAGCAUGAGCUAAUGGUAUGGCUUGUUCAUACUAGGGCAGAUCAGAAGAUAAGAUCAUCCCCUCCCUGCCCCUGAAGCAUACCUUGGGAUGCCACCUAGAAAAAUUAAAACAGAAACAUCACCUCUUCUUUGAGGUCUUUCCCUGCCUCCCCAGUGCCAUCCCAGACAGACCCCGUUCACUGGUUCCUCCAUGCCUGCUGCCCAGGCCUGCUUCAGCUAAGCUACCACCUCACUCUCACAGUCAGCAUAAUUGGGUCUCUCUCUUUCUUCCCUAAUGGGCACCGUCUCAUUUGUGACAGGAAUCAAAUCUCACUUUAUAUCCCCUCAAAGCUCUUCCAAAAGUAGGCUCAACUCCUCUCAAAAAUGCUUGAAACUAGUAUUUCUCCUUGAAAAGUUUGUGACAGUGUUGAUACCAUGACAGAUUUGUCUGUGGUCCUAAAGGAGCUUGCAGAAGUUUGACUUGAGACAACACUGUUAAGAAAAGGCGCACGCAGGCCUGGAAUGUCACGGAGAUAGUUAAUUAUGAUUAAUUGCCAGUCCAGUCUGUCCCAGCACACACCCUGUCAUUUCUGACACCAGAUUCCUCCUGCAAGUGCUUCUUGUGACCUCCCUCACGUCUCCUUUGGCCUAAUACCAACAUCUCUCUACUGAGCUCCAACAGAUGCUCUGGUCAAUCUCUUCAGCUCUGUCUGGCACCAGCCUGGUUUCUACCCACCACAAGGAUAACCUUUGAAAAACAGACAAAUUCCCUUCCCCAAACCCUCCAGAAUCAGUUGUUGAGCUCGUCUAAACUCUUGAAAGAACAUUCAGGGUCCUCCCAAUUGGCCCCAGCCCUUCUCUCCAGUCUCCUCCUACCUGUCCUGCCCUUACUGCUGAACCACCAGACAGGGUUUGCCCAGCUCUUCUCACACACUGGAGGUCCCCCUACUGUUAAUCCCUAACACAUACAAAUACUUAUGCCUGGACAGCACCCCUUUUGGCUUUCUGGGGGCUCCCAUACCAGUGUUGGGCCCCAGCAUUACUGCACCCUCUAGAAUCUCCUCACUGAAGCUUCCUGUUGACCUCCCUAGACAGGCACCCUCUUCCCUGGGUUAUAGAGAAAUGUCUGGCAAAUAUUAGUGCUUACAGAUUAUUUGCCACUAGAAGGAAAGUGAGAGAAGGGACUUAGAAGUCCUCAUUUGAUGGGUAAAAUUGUUGAUGUGACCAGUGUUUCCAUUCUGCUCAGGGUCCCAUGGAUCUGAUUUGAUUCAAUUUUUUUGGUUAAAAAUUUCAAAUUGCGGGGUUGGGGAUUUAGCCCAGUGGUAGAGCGCUUGCCUAGCAAGUGCAAGGCCCUGGGUUCGGUCCCCAGCUCUGAAAAAAAAAAAAAAAAAAGAAAAGAAAAGAAAAAAGAAAAAAAAUUCAAAUCGCACCGAAGGCUGAGCCCUCCAUAUGCACAAAAUGUUUAUGCUCACUGUGGCAGUUGUCCAGUGUUUCAGACAGAUUUACCUCAGAUCAGUGGCUUGGCUCUGUCUAGCAACUGAAGCUGUGAUCUCCACUCGCUAAUUUAGGGCACACCUAAAUUUGCAGCACGUCUCCCCUCAGCAAUGUAGGACAUAAGCCUGGGGACUUUGGUGUCCCCCGACAGUGCCUCUGCACAUGCUGGCCCCAGCGUCAGUGGUCUCUCUGGGUAUGUAUCCUCUCUCUCCUUCUGGGUCACGCACAUCUGCUCUCAUUUCAGUAUUUUCGUCCCUGGUAAUUGUCUGAAUGGAAAUUCACCGGUUCCACAUUUCCAGCAUUACAGAAGCAAGGCUACUUAGCUGCAAGGAAUGUAUUCCAAGCUUCCCAGUGGACGUCUGAAACCUGGGCCCUGCAGGCCCCUGUGCGUUCUGUUUCCUAUACUUCGUCCCUGGGAGGCAUAUUAAUUUAUAAGUUGGGCACAGGGUAAGAUCAACUGGGAUGGGGAUAAUUCUAAUGGUAUGCUUUUUUAGUAUUCAUUACCUAAAAUUUUUGAGUGAUUUGUUUCUGGAAUUUAGUGAUUAAAAAUUUAGCUGGUGACUGGCCUCGGGUCUCUGAAAUGGAAGGCCAUAUUGGAUUUCACUAAGGAUAGGAGGUGGUAUGCUCACCAUUAGCAUGAGACUGACCCAGUGCAAAAGAGAAAAUGGCAGCUAGGCUGGCCUUCCCAGGAGGGAGCUGAAUGCAUCAGUAGCAGUGUUCAGUUGUGAAUUCUUUUAAAAGUCAUUCUGAAUGCUCAAAGACAGCUGGGAGUGUGGGUGAGAAAGGAUGGUCUACCACAAACAGGGGCAAUACAGGAGAAUGAGGCAGGAUCCCUGAGGAAAGUCCUAGCACGGCCUUCCAUCUGGCCCAAGCACUGACCUCCCCAUGUCCUGGCUUCUUCAUGAUGGAAAUGAAACUUGGGCACUAAUGAGAUUAAAAAGCUGAAGGGUGUCUGUGAAGAAAUGUCAUUUCCCUCCGCUCCGAGUUAUGCACCUCUCGUUAAUGUUUAAUGAUGUGUGAUGGGUUUUGGGAGUCACUGUAGUGAUUUGAACUUUCUGUACUUGACAAGCGUUCUCUCUAAUUAUCCACAGAGAGCAAAGGAGCUGUGGGAAGAACGAGCAGAGAGCUGUUGAGAGGUUGUAGCAAUUUGUGUUAUUCUUCCCUGGUUGUAACAAUUUGUGUUACACUUUCUCCUGCUUUGUCCAGUGCUGAACAAUUAGCCUUAACUUGAAAAGCACACUCAAAGCCCCGGCUGUUCUGGGCACUGCCUGGCUCAUGCCGCCUGCCCCACCUCCAUACGGUGCUCAGUCCUGGGCUAGAAAUGAUUCAUUGGACUGUGCCAUGCAGGAGGUAGCCAUGUUCUGUGGAAGAGGAAGAUUGAGCCUUGUUGAUGUUCAAAGAAGCAGGCCAGACUUACAGGGGAGAAGCCAAAGAGCCGGCUCUCCACCUAGGUCCACCUGUCUCUCCCCAGUCAGACCCCAUGUGGCCAGGCACAGUACCAUGAAUGGGUUCAUAGACCUAGAAGAACCAGACCUCUUGUCUGACUGGGAGGUGCACGAGCCCAGGUAAACCUGCUCUUCACACCUGCUGGGUGACUUCAGGCACAUUGCUUAAAGACUAGCAUCCCUGCUCAUCUGCAAAGUAAGGUCACCUUGGGUUACCAAAGAAAAAUCAGAUACAUUUUACAGCAGAUGUUCCUGUAAAAUAUAAAAGAAAGAAAA